AUGCCGGACUUUCCAGCCCAUGCCUCACCGGCCAUCACACCUCUCGAGGCUCCGCGACCGCAAUACCGAGACCGAACUGUCUCCGAUCUCAAGCUCAACCAUGAAGAUGGCAAUGCGCCUCCACCACUAAUCAGUCCCGCUUUCACCCCACCACGAACACCCUCCGCAGACACCGACCAACGACAUGACAGACAGCCAAGGAGUAUACCGGUGGCGCCGCCGUCGGAGGACGAAGGACAACAGCCGAGGCUUCUCCAGAGGCUACCGAAUGUGUGGUGCGAAGUCCGUGCUCGCAUACCCACCACUACGGGGCAGGAGAUGUUCUUGCACCUCUACCACAACGAUGCGGACGAUAAAGAGCAUCUCGCCAUCGUCUUCGGUCCGCACAUCCGCAGUAAGAGCCUCGAUGCGCCACGACCGGGCGAGACGGAGAGGGAUCGCAUGAUCAGAGGAGCGUAUGUCGGCACACUCUUUCCGGGCAGGACAAACAGUCGGGUACAGCAGAUACGGCAGGAUGCGGGUGUGGCAAGCCGACCAUCCGCUAGCUACCUGAGUGCACUCAAUGUUCCUGAGCAGACUCCGCCGAGUGCAGCGUCACAACAUUCUAGCGACCACUCAGAGGCAACGGAGAUCGACUCAUCGUAUCCGCUCGAGCUCGGCCCGCCUCUUGUUCGAAUACACAGCGAAUGCUAUACAGGUGAGACCGUCUGGUCAGCGCGUUGCGACUGCGGAGAACAACUUGACGAGGCAGCACGCUUGAUGAGCUUGCCGGCACCGACACCAGCAUCAACACCUGGCAGCGAAGUAGGAGAACAUCAGAUACCAUCCGCGAAACUCCCAUCUUGCGGCGGUGUCAUUAUCUAUCUUCGACAAGAAGGCCGCGGCAUCGGCCUCAAGGAGAAGCUCAAAGCCUACAAUCUUCAGGAUCUCGGGCACGAUACUAUGGAAGCCAAUCUUCUCCUACGACAUCCAGGUGACGCUCGAUCAUACGGCUUGGCGACGGCAAUGUUACUGGACCUUGGGCUUGGUGGCGAAAGAGGUAUCAAGCUGCUGACGAACAAUCCGGAAAAGGUUCGGGCUGUUGAGGGACCGAAUAGGGAGAUCAGGGUUGUGGAAAGGGUACCCAUGAUCCCGCUCGCUUGGAAGACGGGCGGCAAGAUGGGUGUUCAUGGACCUGAGGUGGAGAGGUAUCUUGCGACGAAGAUAGAAAAGUUCAAGCAUAUGCUUAGUGGCUGA